CGUGACCCCGGGCGCCUGCGCACUCGGCUCCAAUGUAUCCAAGUUCCAAGGUUCGAAUCGGAUGUUUCCAGCCAAUCAGCUGCCGGGAUUGCGGGAGCCGUCGGGGUGUCUGCAGACAUGUCGAAGCGAGUGGCGGUGGUGAGCGGCUCCAACAAGGGCAUCGGGCUGGAGGUGGUGCGGGUUCUGUGCCGGCUGUUUGACGGGGACGUGUUCCUGACAGCGCGGGACACGGGCCGCGGGCAGCAGGCGGUGCAGAGGCUCCACCAGGAGCAGCUGAAGCCGCACUUCCAUCAGCUGGACAUCGACGACCUGCAGAGUAUCCGAAACCUGCGUGCGUUCAUGCUCGAGAAGUACGGGGGCAUCGAUGUCCUCGUCAACAACGCCGGCAUCGCUUUUAAAGUGGCAGAUACCACUCCGUUCGGCAUCCAAGCUGAGGUGACGAUGGCCACCAACUUCUUCGGCACCAGAGAUAUGUGCACCGAACUCCUCCCCAUCAUCAAACCUCACGGGAGAGUGGUGAAUGUAUCCAGCAUGUGUGGCGCCAGAGCACUGAAGAAUUGCAGCCCGGAACUCCAAAAGAAAUUCCGCAGUUCUGCCAUCACAGAGGAAGAAUUGGUGGAACUGAUGAAGAAGUUUGUUGAAGAUGCUAAGAAUGGGGUCCACCCCCAACAGGGGUGGCCUUCCCAUGCUUACGGGGUUACAAAGUUGGGUGUUACAGUCCUCUCCAAGAUCCAUGCCCGGAGGCUGAGUAAGGAGAGAGCAGCAGACAAGAUCCUCUUGAACGCUUGUUGCCCUGGUUGGGUGAAAACGGAUAUGGCUGGUCCUAAUGCACCUGGCACUGCAGAAGAAGGUGCUGUCACCCUGGUUUAUUUAGCUCUUCUGCCAGAAGGUGCAGAGGGCCCACAUGGAGAAUAUGUAACCAAUAAAACUGUUCAGGAAUGGUAAUCCUGAAGGAUAGGGCAUGGGGCAGAUAUGAAAAUUGGUGAGUGCAAAGUUCUGAAGACUAUUCUUGAUUUACUAACUCUGAUAUGUUGAUUCUUACAAAUUUGAAGUUUUGUUUUGUAACUUUACUUACCUUAUUUUCAAUAAAGAUCAAAAAUCACUGAAAUUA